AUGCUCUCAGUGACGAGCGACAUUGCGCGCCAGCUAGAUCUUACCGGGGUGUGGAAGCGAGCCGGGGGACGGAAGAAGGUGAACGCAAUGCGGGCCAUUGAGCCUCGCAGAGUCAAUAUAGUCAGCGAGGCUUUGUGUGACGACAUCAUUCGGUAUAUUGCGCCCUCGCUCGAGCGCCAUCGAGGGUGCGACCUGGUCGACUUGAACCCCGGAGUAGGAGUAUGGAGUCGCAAGCUACAUGGAUUCCUCGAGCCUCGCAAGCACGUCAUGAUGGACCUCGAUGCCGAGCUGUACAGUGGCUUCCUUACUGACCUCGUAUCAAAAGACAAUGUCAAGCUGAUAGCAAAAUCUGGGUUGGUCUGGAAAGACAUGCUCGAGAUGCUCCACACAAGCUUGUCCGACCAGCAGCAACAAGUUGCGCAAAAAGACACACCUAGACGCAACGACACGCUUCUUGUCACGGCGAAUCUGUCCACGUUUCCCAAAAAGGCAUUUCACGGAUUCGACAGCAUCAGCUCCAUGAUUUUAUACCAGUUCAUUUCGAGCAUAAGAACAUCAACCUUGUUUCACCGGUACGGGCUGAUCCGCAUGCUGAUAUGGGUCAAUGACGAGGACAAGAGGAGAUUGCUGCCGCGAUCCAUUCACAGGCGCAAGAGGAGUGCAUUCGAGGCCGAGAUAUCGUGCGAAUGGGUCCAUGAGGUAGCUGGGCUGGAUGCCAAAGUGCAAGACCGGAAUGCGCUCCGUGACGAGUGGAUCAACACGGAGUCGGCUGCUCAAACACUUGAAAGAAUGAGAGCUGCCGGGUUGUCCAUGCCCAAGGGGCGAGAGACGCUGAUGUACUCGAAGCUGCAAGGAGAGCCUGAGCUGUUGGGACAGAAGCUGGCGGGUGAAAGACCGCCGUCGCUAACACGGCCAUUCAAGCAAGAGCUCGAGGAGCUCGCUCAGCAGGGCUUCUCUGAAUCAGCCGAGACUUCAAAACGCCUCAAGGCGCUGAGGCAGCGUGAAAAAUACGACCAACAAGCCGCACUCAUGUAUCUUGGCCUGCUUCAGGAGAGAGACGCAGUGGCGGCGUUGUCAGCGUCCUCACCGACCGAGUUCGAGCGGGCCAACGCGGCGUGGAACGAAAAGAUUGACUGCCUCAAAAAGAACGCACGCAACGAGUUCAACGGAAUCAGGGACAGCUACCACGUCUUUCGCCAGUCACCACCCGCAAUGCUCUGGGACAGGAGGCCAUACGAGCCCCUGUCCGCAAGAGGGGAAGAGUUCUUCCCCAACGCGCCGACGGCACUGCUCGACAUUCAGCCAAAGGCCAUGCACCCCGUUUUCAGGCAACACGGUCCCAACAGCUCACGCUCAGGCGACAUGUCCGACGUCAUGCUGCGGUUCUGGCUACACCACACGUUGCUGCCCAUCCAAAAAGCCAUGGAGGGCCUCUGGGGCGGAUUCGGCCAUCUGAUUACAGAGUGUCCCAGCGUGAGGGAUCCGAGCCGCGGUGGCACGCCCAUGACGGGGAAUGGGGCGCUCACCGUAAGAGCCAUGAAUGGCGAGCAGUGGGCUGAAAUCAUGGAGGCGUGGAUGAACUGGCCCUUUAUGCCGAGCUAUACGCAGAUGCUGGGGAGGCUGGUCGAAGAGGUCGACGGUGACGGGGACGAGGAAGAUACCAAGUCUGGGGCGACUGGGUUGGAGAUUUAG